AUGGCAGGGUUAUUCCAAAGGGUCUACAAUUGGCUCAUGCGCAUGUUCUGGGCGAUGGAAAUGGAAGUGACGAUGGGCGGUGAAUUCACUCUCGACUCCAUCCCCACCGUUGGUUUCAACAUGAAAAAGGUACAGCGCGGACAUGUUACCUUGAAGUGUUGGGAUAUUGGUGGCCAGCCCCGGUUCCGAACCAUGUGGGAAAGAUACUGUCGAGGCGUGAGCGCCAUCGUCUUUAUCGUGGAUAUUGCCGAUACACCAUUGAUUCCCCAAGCGAAGGAGGAGCUCCAUGAUCUCAUGAGCCGCAAGUCGCUUGAGGGUAUACCACUUCUCAUCCUGGGGAAUAAGUCCGAUCUUCCGGACAAGCUUUCGGUGGAUGAGUUGAUUGACGAGCUAGACCUGAAGAGCAUACGUGGUCGUGAGGUGUGCUGCUAUGGUAUCAGCGCGAAAGAAGAGACAAACCUUGACGCAGUAGUCGAGUUUCUAAUGAAGUAUGCCACGCGACCAUAA